AUGUUGCGGAUGAUAGUAGCCUGCCCUGAGUCCUGUCUGGUAUGCACCCAGGAUGUAACCCUGUGUCAACAGCUAACCUACAUAGUAGCGGCCCCUGAAACCACCAGGGUCCUAAUCCUUACUGACGGACACCUCUCCUCCAUAGAGAGUGCCAACCUGACUCUCCUGGUUAACCUGGCCCUGCUCUCUCUCAGCAGAAAUGCUAUCUAUGGAAUUCAGGAAGGCUCUCUGCAUGGUCUCACCAAGCUGCAGACCUUGUCACUGAGCCGCAACCGCAUCCCCAGUUCUUCUCUGUCUGACCACACCUUCAGCAAGCUGCGAAGCCUGCAGAUCCUGGUGCUGAGCAAUAAUGUCCUGCGCACCCUGAGAGCAGCCUGGUUCCGGUACACCAAGGCCCUGCGACGACUCCUGCUGGAUGGAAAUCAGAUCACCAACCUCACACAGAGUUCUUUUAGAGGCGCGAACCUCCACGGACUCAGGCAUCUGGACUUAUCCAACAAUUUCAUUUCCUUCAUUGAGAAGGAUGCCUUUCGGCCCCUGCCCCAACUGCAGGAAGUGGACCUUUCUAGAAACAUGCUGGCUCACAUGCCGGACGCCUUCACUCCGCUGAAGCAGCUGAGCGUCCUGAGCUUGGAGGGGAACCAGUGGAGCUGCACCUGUGACCUCUACCCCCUAGCCCGCUUUUUAAGAAAUUUCGUGAAGUCUCCGGUUCACAUACUCUAUAACACGAAGGACUUAAACUGUCAGGUAUCCCCGCCGGCUGUGGCCGCUGCAAAGAGCAUGCUGAGGCUGUCUGAGGCCAAAUGUGACUCCAAGAGUCACAACCUCUCUCUGGCUCUAAAGGACAGGCGUGGCCUCCUUCCAGGGCAGGACGUGGCUCUGAUGACGGUGCUGGGCUUUGCAGGAGCUGUUGGUCUCACAUGCACAGGGUUAGUGAUAUUUAACUGGAAACUCCAACAAGGCAGAGCAAAUGAACACACAUCCAAAAACCUUUGUUGCAGAACUCUCAAUGAAUCCUCGUGUGCUCAUGAAGAAAGAAAUGGCCAUGCUAUGGGAUGCUGUAACUGCCACUUAACUCGGGAAAAUGAGACAGGGGUCAUGUCCUGUGUGGGCCUCAGAAAGAAAACAGCACUUAGACAGGAGAAGAGGCAUCAAGCAAUGCUGGCCUCCACAUCCACGGCCCUGGACACAUCAUUCAGAAAGCUGAAGGGGAGAGACCGUGGCCCAGACGGGGCUUGCUCUCGCCUGGGUGAUGCACUGCUACCAGCAGGAUGCUUGGGGUCUUCUGGGAACAAGAAAGCUCUUCAUGAUGCAAGUUUAGUUACAAGAUGUCUAAAGACAGCUGAAAAGCUAAGCAACUCAAAACAUGGAGAAGUCCAGGCUCAAAUCCUGAUGCAACACGGAACGAGAAAAAUAGAUAUGAGCAGCAGUGACACAUUUAGAAGCAGAUAUGUGACAUCCACCUCAGCUUUGGCAAGAGAGAGUCUUGGGAAGCAUUUAACAGACAAAUCAUGGCAGCCUCCAAUAGGAAAAGGAGACAAUGCUUCACAGCCACCUGGACAGAGACUUUUCAUCACCAGCUCAUCCUCCAAGCCAUGGGAGCCAGAGGAAUGUGCUGUGGGCAGGAUCUCCCACACACAUAGAGUGGGAUGUGAUGAUCACUGUGGCCUCUUAAAGCAGAACAAGCCAAUGGAUUUUCAUCCCAACACUUCCUUUACCUGCAAAUAUGUGUCCUGGGAUGAAUUUCAGGAUUAUAUGAAAGAGAAGAAGCCAGAUCACAGAGAGCACAUGAAAUCUGAGAAAGAGCAAAUUCAAAUUAACAGAGCAAUAAAAAAAUUCCUCAGGAGUCAGGAGAACAAAGACAAAUUGAAGUUGCCAGCAAAAAUCAAGAAGGCAUAUUCUACAAAGAGGGUUAAAGUCCAUGAUCCUGAUUUAGUUGGGGAAAACAGGUUGGCAACAUCAGCAAAAACACCAGCUUCUGGGAGACAGCUAGAGAGUGAAAAUCACCACCCAACUUCUUUGGAUCUCAAAAACUGUGCCAGCCUGCAGGAGGUCAAGGAAUCAAGAGAAUGGUUUCCAGAGCAACAGCUUUUAAAAAAGAAGAGACUCAAGCAAUCUCAUCCAAGUAAGAAAGCAAAGAGAAGGAACUUAAGGAUAAAGUUAGAUCUGCACCCCUUCGGAAAAGCUAGGGUCCACCCAGAAGAGUUCCCAGAAGAACUCCUCAAAAUACAUAAACCAACAGGAUUACCUCCCAAGAAGCUAGCCAGAACUUCUGAGGGAAAAUUCAAAGCAGUACCCUUGUCUUUUGUCAGUUCUCAGCUGCCAGACAGGAGCAGUCAUGCUAAACUCACUUGUUCAAAGAUGCCACUGGAAAGUGCCCCACAGCAGACCCCCUACCAGGAAAGAAAUGGCCUCCAGAGAGCUGACAGCUUGUCUGUAGGCAAUCUGGGCUCUGUGCAGAGAGGCUGCUGCCUGGUGGGCCACAUUCCUAAUGGAAGCUCAUCAACAGUGCUCCAACCUGUAACCAGGGUUCUUGGGCAACAGUGCUCACUCCCUCUCUUCUCACAAAUGGAAAAUGCCACCCAGCUACAAAUAGAAGCUAUGGGUUCCUCCCCAGCCCAUUUGGGAAAUGUAGAGAAUAGAGUUUUAUCAUCUCAACACUCUAGGGGAGCUAAUGACCAUGUGAUAAUGGUGUCGACUCAAUACACAGACAAAUUAAAGACCAAUGAGCUUAACCAGUUUACUUUGUCCCUCAGUGACCAGGUGGCUGACACCUUCACCAGGGGUCACAGUUUAGGUAAUAAUCAAGCUUUACAGCAGGAAGAGCAAAAAUUAAGCCAUGAACAGCUUGGAAGUGAAGAAAAACCAUUAGUGAGUAAAUCCAAAAUAUCACAUGAAAGUGUGCAAAGUUGUAUUAUGGACAGGGAAGGAACUGAUGGAGGAAACAAGAUUCCUCCAUGCAUAGAGGAUUGUGACUCCUCUCCCACUGCCUGGACACAACCCCACAAUAACCUGCCAUUCGUGAUGCCACAUUCUGUUCCACACACAAAAGGAGAGGAACUUCUCAAGGAGAUCUGCUCACCUCCCACUAGAAGCCAGGCCCUUGGCCAUUUAGGUAACAACAGCAAAGGUGGAAUCGGCACCAACAAAGCAUCACUCAGAGACAAUCACAGGGAAGUGCCAGGAACACAGGCAGCCAGCAAAGAACAGAAACAGGCACUUGAGGAGAGAAUGGCAAAUUCUAGUGCAGUGAGUUGGGAGACACUGGGUACCACAGAUGAAAGGCAGCAGCCAUGGGAAGGUGAGGGGAAGGAGAAACUUAUAUUGUGCUAUCCCGGUUCUGACAAGGAGAUAGUUUCCAUUAAAGACUUGAGUAAAGUCAAAACCAUCAUGCUGCAGUGUGAAGCAGAUCCUUACACUCUCAACCCUGAGUCCUAUUGUAGAGACCCUGGAGACAACCGACCAGGCAUGAGUGCACACAGGGACGAUGCUGGAACAGUGGGCAUGCCAGGAGCUUCUUACCAUUCUGGGGAGUUGAAUAUCACUCAUUUUGAGGCAGAAAAUGGGGUGUCUCUAAUUCCUCACAGAGAAAAUGGAACUAAAAACUCUGCUCACAAACCUGCAUCACACCCAUCAUCUACUGAGGACUCUGUUCCACCAUUUAUAGAAGCUGAGUAG